UUUAUGUUUCAUAAUAACUACAUUACACAUAGAUCACAUUAAAACUGCUUUCUUCUUCCAGAAGGGCGUUCUGGUAAGUGGUGAAGUAUAGAACACCUCAAAAAUUGGAAAGACAUUAAAAUAGACUACUUUCUAGACUGGUUAAGUGGGAAAUGAGCUUCACUCUCUGAGACAAGGGGAGCAAAAUCAUUUACGGUAUGUUUGCUGUAAUGCUUGUACCUGAGCUCAGAAAGACUGCUGUUUUGCAUUUCCCACAGCUGGUUUGUCACGUUAUGAGGAAUCACAAAUUAGUACAACCUAUUAUCACUUGAAGUCAAUUUAUUUCUGAGGUAGAAAAGGAUCUUUUUGUAGAUUCGUUAUGUUAUUCUAAUAUAUUUGUGGUUGUGAAAGUAGAUAAUUCAUGUCAAAAACCAUGGCCUUGCUAACCAAGGCAGUGCUUUAUAUGGUAGUUCCAACUACCAAGCCAUUUGUGCACUGCAAAAACCAAUUUCAUCCUUGCUGUUGACAAUAUGCAUAGGAAAAAAUAUGGGUCUGUGGUGGCUCCACAGUCUUUGAGGACCCAAAAGAACAGUAGUAAUCUUCUCUUCUUUGUCCUUAAAUAUCUUUACUGAGUUGGAAAAAAUGCUUGUGAUGUUUUUAUCGAACAUGUAGUGCACAGCAGCUGCAAUAAAUAAAGAGCUUUUGAAGUCCUCUUCCACAUUUUAAAGUGGAAAUAACGUACAUAUGUUCACACUAGUUCUUAUGGCUAGAGUGAUAAAGAUCUUUGCCUCAGAAAAUAAAGUGAACCUAAAGGGAGAACAUUUUAAUUAUACAGAGGAAAUCUACAGAGGCAUGUUGUAGUAAAGAUCAAACUGAUAGAAAUGAAAGUUCCUUCCCACUGCCUCUUUUUUUUUUUUCCCGUCGGGGGAAUCCAUGUUGCUUGGUUAUCUGUUGGUUGCUGAUAGUUGAUCAAAUCGUCUGAGUGACUUGGAGAAAUGGUGCCCUCAUCACUGUAUUUAGAGGAAGAAUGACUGUAUGCAUUACAGUUGGCAAAAGCUUUGCUAAAAGACAUAAAUUAUUAAACCCAAACAUCUUUUCUCAGAAGAUGUGAAGAUUAGUAACGCCUUGUAAGUAUGUAGAUAGAAAAAGAAAUAUUAGGUUGAUUUUACCCCCAACCUUGAAAAAAGUAGAGAAUUUUCUGCUGCUUGUUUCCAGUGAAAGCUUUUGUUACAAAAUGUUGCCUGUGGGGGGUAGAGGUUUCAGAAAAUCCCACCUGGUAAUAGUGGGGAGCUUGGUUGACCCUGGUGGUGAUUUUUCCUUCCUAUAUGUUCGCUUUUGUGUGCACAUGCGACUUAAUGUUUGUUUGUGCUGCUGUUUCUGUACCCAGCGCAAAACCCUGUGCAUUGUUUCUGUACAGGAAAGCUUUCUGUUUUCAUUUUAAUACUUCAUUAUCAAAUGUAUUGGUCCUAAAUAUGUCUGUCCCUUCCUCUUGCUAGCAGUUCUCUCUCAUGGGCAAGACUGUUUUACAGAGGAAAAACUGUAGAUAUUUAAGAUCUUAUAGGAUCAAAUAAACUAUAGAGCAAUGUGACAAAAUGAGUCAAUACUGAUAAAUGUGUAUCACAGAAGUGAUAGCAUUGUCAUGUUUGUUUAUAGGGUUAGGAUUGAUAAACUGGUUCUCUGGAGAAAAAAAAAAAAGAAAAAGAUAAUGAAAGUAAUUUUCCUGGGCCUUUCUGAUCCUUUGGCUGUUAUCCAGCAACAUCACUUUGACACAGAAGUGUUUAACUCAUUUAAUUUAAUUUUACUGCAUUACAAAUGAAUCAGUAACCUAGCACUCCUUUUAGAAAGAUGUAAAGUAUAACUUGUACAUCUCUCUGAGAAGUCAUAAAUUUUCAGUAGCACAGAAAGUGACAUGGAGAGCAGUCCAAAACAGAAGGAAUAAAGCCAUGUCCCAAUAUCUUUUACUUAGUUUGUAUAGCAGUGCAGGCUCAGUGGAAUAUCCUGGCCACAAUUUAAUUUCCCAGAGAAAAAUCCCACAGAUAGGAAAGUAGAAAAUUAAGAAAUAAGUAUUAAAUAAAAUAUAAAUAAAUAUAUAAAUAAAUAUAAAUAAAAGUAUUUGUUGUAUAUCUUCAGAUAGAUGGCUGAAAAUCUGUCUAUCUAUCUAAUUCUGUAGUGUGUUAAAGUGAGAAACAAAAUUGGCGGCUCUCCACUGUACUACAAUUCAUUUGUAAAGUUAAAAGUUUUUUUAUAAAGCUUUCUAGCUUAAUCUAAAGAAUUCUGUGCUAUGGUUUGAAAUGAGCAAUUUGCACAGCUCCUUUUUCUUCAGACGAUACACAUUCAUUCUUUCUCUGGAUUUGGACAUCACUGGUGGUGUGCUCCAUCAAGUUAAUGGGCCAGAUUAAUACAACAUCAGCACUUUACCACUGACCUUCUCUCUUUGCCCAAACAGGCACUCUGUAUUUUACUCUGUAUUAUUAGCAAAUUAUGAUUCACCUCUAGGUGUGCCAUGAAUCAGAUGUAGGACACAUAUUGAUUAAUGAGCUACCUACAUGAACAGUAACUCUGACUACUCAGACUGAUUUUUUUCAUCCAUAUAUGAUAGACACAUUUAUAUCUAUUUGCAUACUGAUACAUAUUUGGAUGCACAGAGGAAGAAAAGGCUGUAGAUUCCUGUAAUUUUUCAAAGCAGAAACAUCUUUCCAUUCAGAAAUAUCUAUCACAAACCUAUAGAACUUAAUAUGUGAUAUGCUGUGUUCUGAGGAAUUGCUGUGGAUUGCUAAUGUGAUGGGAGUAAAGCUGCGCCUCUCUACCUGUGAUAUACUAAUGCUUGCCUGGAAAGUGGUUGUGGUGUAAAAUUAGCAGCUAGCAUCAGGACAAGGGGAGUGCAUGUGCCUUUUGAAUGGCCUCAGUUCUGAGCUCAGGUGCUUGGCAGGAUUGACUUUGUGGAUACUUCUUUCAUCUUUUGAUAUUAUGUCAUCUUGGUGGAUGUUCCUCAUUCUGGGCUCUAUUUCAAAGACUAUCUACUCUCUCCUGCUGUCAGAGCCUGUGAGGAACUCAUUAGCCUUAUGGAACAUGGAGUGGUGAAAAGCCCCACAGGGUUUUUUGGUGGCUGCUCUCAAGGGAGCAUGUUCUUUCCUGGGACUGCCAAAAGUGCUUGCAUCUGGCUAGGCAUUGACAGAAUGUAAUGACACCCUGAGUUCAUACAUUCUCUACCCUGCUCUCACAUCCAUCUCUGGCCAUGAGCGUGCUCAAGGUGCUGCUGCUGGUGGACUGGACUUUGCUGGAGGAAAAGUUGCUUCUCAAGAAAUAAUCCCAAGAUCUUGGUCAAAUGAGCCAUGUCCUAACAGCUCCAGGGCCUCAUCGUGACAACCUGGAGAAAACCACCACCCAAGCAUGGUGGAAUCCGUUCCCAGACAACUGGUGGUGGUCGAAUCCUGGAGAGAAGACGCAAGAACCCACGCCUGCAACCAGGGCAGGUAUGACCACCAGUGGCAGUGAUUCAGAUGAUGAAGACUCUUCUGAGGAGAUUGUGUAUCCCACAAUGUUUCCAGGCUGGGGCAGGAGUGAGGCCAAGGACGAGAAUGCUCAGAGCACAACUCCAGGGCCUCAUCGUGACAACCUGGAGAAAACCACCACCCAAGCAUGGUGGAAUCCGUUCCCAGACAACUGGUGGUGGUCGAAUCCUGGAGAGAAGACGCAAGAACCCACGCCUGCAACCAGGGCAGGUAUGACCACCAGUGGCAGUGAUUCAGAUGAUGAAGACUCUUCUGAGGAGAUUGUGUAUCCCACAAUGUUUCCAGGCUGGGGCAGGAGUGUUGCCAAGGACGAGACUGCUCAGAGCACAAGUAAGGAACUUCUGUUGUCUUUGGUUGGUUUGUUCUUUGUCCUGUCCUACCUGAAUCUCCUCCUCCUUAGCUGCACAUACAAUGUUUGAAAAUUGGAUGAUCUCAUCAGCUCUUUUCCAACACAUCUCCCAUGUCACAAAACAAGCCAAAUUUAGAACAUCUGGGCUCCAUAUAACUAAAACCACCUUGAAC